CCAUAUAAAGCUUCAGUGUAAUCCGCACGCUGGAGAUAAAUUCAGAGCUACUCUACCCAACAGUCUCUUCGUGUUUAGGACCACACAAACGACACAACACACGACAAGAGGAGCUAAAGUAUUUUCCUAUUUUGGAUUAUAAAGAAAGAAACAUAUAUUACCUUUGACUUCAAAACAACUUAAAGGUGCAAAAAGGGAAGACAUAAUGAAGAAGGGAAAGCAGGUGGAUGAGGAAACUGAGCCGCCCAGUUAUCAGGAGGUGACUGCAGGCUAUAAUGAGAUGGAGGCCCAGUUCGCCUGGGACGACAAGACAAUCCGGCGGACCUUCAUCAGGAAGGUAUUGAUUUAUAUUAGAAGCGACAGCAGAAUAACAUUUACUGUAUCUUGGAGACUCUUCCUUUGCUUUGACAUGAUGCGUGUCUUCCUGCAGGUCUACGCCAUCCUCAUGGUUCAGCUGUUUGUGACGGUGGCCAUUGUCAGUCUCUUCUCAUUUUGCGCUCCUGUGAGGUAUUACAUCCAGACUCAUCCAGGCUUGUACAUGGCAUCAUACCUCGUGUUUUUUGCCACCUACAUUGCACUGUCCUGCUGUGGAAACCUGAGGAGGCAGUUUCCUUGGAAUAUAAUUUUGCUAGUUCUCUUUACUUUGAGCAUGGCCAGCAUGAUGGGAUUUGUGUCGAGCUUUUACAACACUAAAUCAGUGGUUCUGUGUCUGGGAAUCACAUCUCUGGUGUGUCUCUCAGUCACCAUCUUCAGCUUCCAGACCAAGAUUGACGUCACCUCCUGCCAUGGCGUCCUGUUUUCUCUGUGCAUGGUCAUGCUCCUCUGUGCCAUCACCCUCUCCAUUGUCGUACCUUUUGGAUAUGUUCCCUGGUUACAUGCUUUGUACGCUGUUGGUGGAGCCAUCCUCUUUACUUUGUUCCUGGCAUUUGACACACAGUUGCUGUUAGGGAACAAGCGCUACACUAUAAGUCCAGAGGAAUAUGUUUUUGCCACCCUCAGCCUCUACCUUGACAUCAUCUACCUGUUCAGCUUCCUUCUACAGAUCUUUGGAGGAGGCCGCAGCGAAACCGAUUUUUAAAGUAUCCGGACUACUGCAACAGCCUCCUCUGGUUCACCCUCAAAAAUCAUCAAUUAUCUCCGAUACAUCCAGAACUCCACCGCCCGUCUACUCACCUACACCGGAAUCUGUGACAAUAUCACCCCAGUCCUCGUCAAGGUCCACUGGCUCCCCACCCCCCAGAGAAUUCCGUACAAGAUCCUCCUCAUGACAUACAAAGCCCUCCAUAACCUUGCCCCAUCCUACCUUACUGAUCUCCUCCACAGACACACUCCCACCCGCCAACCAACUGUUUGAGUCUCUAGAAAACCCUUAUUUAAGUGUCGUGUUUUAUUUAUCCAUUUUGAUUUGUUGUCGCAUUUUACAAAUGAGUAAAUUUAAAUAUUAUAUUUAAAUAUAACAUUUAUUUUUAAAACAAUAUCUUUUAAGAAGUACUUUGUGAAUACAGCCCUUACACCUAUUUAGUAUGUUAUAUUAACCUAGCAUCUUUUUUUUUUUACUGCUUUCUCCUUUAAUCCUUAAAAUGUGCAGAAGAGUUUUUUUCAGGAUUUUAGUGUGAAGUGUCAAGAUUACACAUUUGGACUACAAUCGUCCACAACCUGCAACAAGCGGGUCAUCAGCUUUGAGCUAUUGAGCAGCAGAAAUAGAUACAGAUGUAUUGUGAUGACACGGCACAGGGAUUGAUCAAGCGAAAGCAACAACAACAGCAGAGGCCAGAGACCAUUACAUUUACACAGUUACCUUUAGCCAUAUAAUGAAAAACACAGUUCAGCCAAUCAUUGAAACAAGGCUUUUAUUAAAAAAACGAAAAAAUGACAUAUUCAAAUUCAAAGAGAAAACCAAGAAGAAGGAAAAUCUAAUCUCAAUCAAUAAAAAAACACACAAGUUACAGCCAAAUUAGCAACUCUGGCUCAGGAAGACAACAGUAGCCAAGUGGCUUUGCAAAAUAACCAAAUAUCAAAACCUCUUUCCUCUUAACAAAACUGUACAAAAUGAGUUCUUGUAUAAAUAAGAAAACUGUUCACAAGCAAGUGGAAAAUAAACCCUUCGGAUUUUCAAAAUGUCUUGGAUUCACACACAUUUGGUUCAUACAGUGUGGAGCAAUGCAUUGUUAUUAUUUAAUCUUUUAAAAAUGUCACCGUAAGACAACAACUAUAUGAUUUAAUAAUGUAAAAAAAAAAAGCUAUUGCUUAUUUGCUAAACAAAAUAAUUUAAUUUAGAUUCAUCAAGUUCAAAAUGAAACAAAAAAAGCUUACUGAAAUUAAAGAGUGACAUUUUGAAAAUCCAGACUGGGCAACAUCUAACGACCUGUUUGGAAAUCCUGUUUUAGCAGCAAAACAUUUUGAAGCUAUGAAAUAAGCCAUCAAAUCUACAUUAGGAUGGAUAAAAACAACAUUUUCAAAUUGUUGUGGACUUAAAGUAUUAAGUGCAAGGAGAUUGUUUUCUAUAAUCUUCUACUGUAUAUCAUUGAUCUCAGUAUCUCAACAUUUUAAAUGUAACUUAACUUUGUAUUUUUUGGAAACUUCCUGUAAUAUUAUCACUGCUGAAGUUUUAAAACAAUAUACUUAAAUAAACACUGCUUUGUAACAAGUGGUCAUUUCAUAGUUUCAAAAUCCUGUUUUUGUAUUUAAAGUGAUGGCUAAUAUAUGGAAUAUUAUUUCUCUGAACAUAUAAACAAUAUCCAUGACAUUUUCCUUCAUGAGCACUGAAUCUGAAAAAUUUGCUAGUCACUGUGUUAUCUCGACAGGUUAUAAAUCAUUUGUUUUAAAUCACACAAGGAGAGAAAAAAAGAAAAUGUGUGCAGAGGAGGUGAAAGGGGAAAAAAGACUAUUUACAAUAUUAGCUCUCGUGUCUGAAAACUCUCACCAUCGUAAAAGUCUUGGCUUCCUGCUGGGUGUCUGCAGAGGCCAAUAAAGUUUAUAAUGAGUCUGUUUACAGGCACAUCAAUGCGCCAUUGCAUAUACUGAGGGAAACUCUGCUUAUUUUUACAUCAACAAAACCAGAUUAUUCAUGUUUAUUUUAAAGUACACAGUUCAGUUCAAAGAAAGUUCUCACAAAACCUCAAACUGUGGAAAUGAUGUGGAAUAUUGUGUGAACGUCACCACUGUUAUUGUGAUCUUUCUCUGUGUGAAUCUGUCGGAGGCAGAUAAGGGGAAUUUUGUCUAGCAAUGGGAGCGGUUUAUCUCUGACAGAGAGCUAAAAGACGGGUGGCAACAACAUCUUUGGUUGCGGAAAUUAACAAUACAAACACACAGCAAAAAGUUUUUAAAAUGUCAAGAGUCAGAAACAGAAUCAUCAAACUGCGAUGUGGAUAAAGACGUUUGCACACAGCAUUUAUGGAUGGUGGAAGAGUGGGAAGACGAGCUCCUCUUAACCCUACUGUUCACACGACCGAUGUGACAACCAACUCACAACACGGCAUUUCAAACAUGCCUGUUUCCAUGUCUGCAGUAUAUACAACUUAGUGUUCAUCCUAUGAGAGAUUAGGCAAUUUGUUCAGAGAAAACAUUAAGGCUUAGCUAAAAAUUGUUUUUGCAGAAUUUUGGAUCACUCAUUCAGACUUGCUGUCUCACUAAAGGCUGUAAUUAAUGGCACUUCCAUGGUCUAGUGAGCAGUCCUUUGUAAAACCAUUAUUUCUAUUAUCUACAUAUCUACAGUUUUAGAUGUCUGCAUAAAUUA